AGUAAAAUUGAAAAAUAUAUUUUUAAUACUGUUUACAAAAUAUAUAGUAGAAUCAGAUAGAAUAUUUUCAAUUCUAUACAUAAAUUCAACUUCUAACUGUAACAUUUGUUAGAAUAGUUCCCGCCAUUGAUAUUUAAUAAUACAUACGUUCAAAAUCAUACAUAUUGAUUUCUAUUCAAAAGUAGUACUUAACAAAAAAAAAAAGAGCCACCCUCGUGCUUGCAUAAUAAUUAUUCGACCUGCACCCUCUCCCACACCUGUCGUCCAAGUAAACCUGCGCAAGCGUUCGAUACAACCCUCCCUUUGCUGGAAAAAUAUAUAUGCCGAUUCGCUUUCAUACUCGGUCACCAUGGCGAUCAACAACGGAUCAGACUGAUCCGAUUCAUUAGGACGAUUGUUUUCAACCCUUUAAGGACGAUUUAGGUUCUUCAAGAAAUUUUCAUCAAGAUUUCUCCAGAAUGUCCAUGCAUUGGAUAACAAUUUGUUUUGUUUAAAAAAUAAAAAAUAUGAGAUAUGUAAUUUCUGCAAAAUAUAUAUUUACAGAGAUUCAUAUAUUCAUGUAAAAUCCGGACUUUCAAAGCGGUUACAAAAGGAGCAAACCGAUGUCUUUUUACGUGGAUAUCGUUACAGAAGAUUCUUUCUACGAAAACCUCACGUUGGGCGUGGUAAAGAUUCUGGAGAGUCUGGCGUAUAUAAAAAAUGUACGGAUCGACAGAAGAAACGGAUGUGAAAGCACGACUAUCACCAACUGGGAGCAACGACAUUGUUGUGUCCUCCCAGAGGAUGUUAAGAACUUUUACGUCUCGAUCGACGGCUUCUUGCUUCAGUGGAACCUCGAGAUAGCAGGCGAAGAAUUUCCCAUAGGACGCAUGGAGAUCGGCUCGUUCUCUUCUCUCAAACGAUACACGAACAACAACGGCAAACGAGAGGAAUCUUCCUCCUCCAUUUCCGUCGAUUCUGACAAGUUAGAAGCAGAGGCCGUUUCCGAUAACACGUCUGACGUCGAUAGCAUCCUUGUCCUCCUCCAAGGAAAUGGUGCACAUAAUUGCAAGAUGUUUGAAAUCGCGCAAUGUUUCCCAGAAAGCAGCAAGGCCAAGGUCUAUUUAGUCUACCGGAUGAAACAGGAACAAGAAUCGCCCAGCGUAUGGUUGCACAGAGAAGAAGCGAAUAGGUGGUACCAUUUGGCUGACAGUUUCACCGUGUAUUUUCGCAUGAUGCUUGUUCAUCUUGGCUUGCCGUUGUGGCAAAGCUGUGUGUCAGGCGUGUCACUGCCAACGUGGGUCGAACAGGUGUACUUUCUUGUCGCUCCUCAUUUACUACCAUCCGUCGUCGAACCCACGGAAACAAUUUCCACCUCCAUAUGGAACAUGGGACCCACCAACGUUAUCGAUCCGGCGAUUUUCAAGGCGAAGGAGAGUAAACAGAAAUGCUCCAGAAAGAAAUAAUUCUUCUGGAUCCUUGUAAUUUUUCCAAUUAUUGUGAUUAUCCUUCAAGGUGUAUUCGUAAUCCAUAACUUGUAAACAAAUGAAAGAAUCAACUUUAAAGCAAUAAAAUUAAAAUACCUCUAAAGACAGUAGCAUUUUGGCAAAACGCCAUGGUAUGGAAACAAUUUGCAUGAAACUAUUUAUCAAUUUAACUUCUCCUUUAUAUUAUCAAUAGUUUGAAAGAUCUUAGACUAUCCUCUUCAAUUUAAAUGUCCUUUCCAAAUCCCCAAAUGUCCUUAUUCGUGGAAAACAACGAAAACGAAUAAUCUUCAGCUCGAUCGUCGGUGCUAGCAAUUGUGCAGCUUCGGUGAGCAAGUUUAUUUUAAGAUCACAAACGAGGGAAAUCAUUUUGAUGUUAUCCUUGGUCAAGUGUAUCGACAACGAAUGAAGAAUCGCCGUUGCGUUAC